AUGGACCAGCAAUUUCUCAUGGGCAUGAACAUGAGGGAGAUGGGCGACAUCUCCAACCCGCAGUUGCAGGCUAUCAUGGAGCAACUCGGCGUGGACUGUCCCCAGCUCGUUGGCCUCGGCGUCGACAUGGCGCUCCAAUACUUGUACGACGCCACCCCGCCCCCGCCCGUCUCCCGCCGCGCGCCCCUCGCCUCCGCUGCCGUCUCCGCGCCCACCGGCGACGACAUCGACUGCCUCAGCCGUCUCCCUGACGGGAUCCUCAAGAACGUCGUCUCCCGCCUCCCCGCCAAGGACGCCGCGCGCACCGCCGCGCUCGCCUCGCGCUGGCGCGGAAUCUGGCGCAGCGCGCCCCUCGCCGUCGUCGACGCCCACAUCCUCCCGGACGGGUUUGCGGCCGUGCGGAUGGCGCCCGGAGGCGACGACCCCUCGUCCAUGCUCGUCGUCGCCGCGGCGUCGCGCGUCCUGGCCGCGCAUCCGGGCCCCUUCCGCUGCGUCCAACUCACCUGCACCCACAUGGCGUCUCACCGGGACGAGGCCGCGCGCUGGCUGAAGCUCCUCGCCGACAAGGGCGUCCAAGAACUCGCCUUUAUCAACCGCCCGUGGCCGCUUGACCUCCCUCUCCCCACCGAGUUCUUCGGCUGCGCAGCCUCGCUCACCCGCCUCCACCUCGGCGUCUGGAGGUUCCCGAGCACCGCCGGCCUCCCGCGCUCCGCCCGCUUCCCCCACCUCAAGGAGCUCGUCCUCAGCUUGAUCAUCGUGGGGGACCGAGACCUCCAAUUCCUCGUCGACAGGAGCCCCGUCCUGGAGAUCCUCACCAUAAUUUCAAGCCAGAUCGAUGUGCGCCUCCGCCUGAUCAGCCGCACCCUGCGGUGCGUGCAGCUGGGCAUGAGUGCAUUGGCGGACGUCAACGUGGUGGAUGCUCCUCGCCUGGAGAGGCUCUUGCUGUGGAUGACCAUGAAUCACGAUAAGGGCUCAAGGAUCAAGAUUGGCCAUGCACCCAACCUGCGCAUGCUGGGACAUUGGCAGCUCGCAGAUCACGAACUGGAGAUUGGCAACACGGUCAUCAAGGUGGGUACUAAGGUGAGCCCAAGCACCAUUGUUCCGAGUGUCAAAAUCUUGGCUUUGGAAGUGCAAUCUGAAGUCCGCAAUGAUGUCAAGAUGGUGCCCUGCUUCCUGAAAUGCUUCCCCAACGUCGAGAUACUCCAUGUUUAUUCACAGAAUGCCGAUCAUACCACCAGCAAGCUUAAUCUCAAGUUCUGGCAGGAGGCUGGCCAUAUUGAGUGUGUCCAGUCACAUGUGAAGAAGUUUGUUUUCGAAGAGUUUCGUGGGAAUAGAAGUGAACUAUCGCUCCUCAAGUUCAUCGCCGAGAAAGCACAGAUCCUGGAGAAGAUGGUGGUUAUGGUGGUCUCUGAAUGUUUCUCUUCAGUGGACGAUGUGAAUGCCAAGUUGAAGCCUCUGACUUCUGCAAAAUGGGCCAGUGAAAACUGUAAGCUGAGUGUCUUCAUGAGUCCAGUUUCUGAAAGGGGGUCUCCUACUUGGCAUUUUCGCAUAGGAUCAGAUUUUUCAUGGAGCGACCCUUUUGACCUUAUGGCAGCUGAUGCUGAACACAGGGGCAAUGCUGUGCUUCAUUAUUUCAGCAGUACUCUCUGA